AUGAAUAAGCAAAUGUGUGAAAGGUUCAAAAAUGUAAGGGAAUGGAUUUCCGAUGAAUCGAAAGAUAAAGAAAACUAUAAAAUUAAUGAUGAUAAAUUUUUAAAUGAUUAUUGUGAUAAUAAGCAAUGUCAAAAUGAUUUCGAUUUAAUAAGUGCUGGAUGCUUAUAUUUGUUGGAUCAAUUAUAUAAGAAUUCUGGUGUGUUACCCUCUCCUUCAAAAAGUAAUCCCUAUAUUGUUGAUUACAUUUUGAUAUGGUUAAGUUAUAUGUUAAACCUGACCAAUAGUGAAGAAAAAGACAAUAUAACGGUUUUUUAUAAUAAUUACAUAAAUAGUUGUAGUAAGUAUAACACAGAAAUAAGUGAAUUAAAUGAGCAUGAUCAUGAUAAUUAUAAGGAUCUUAUAGAUAAAAGAAAGGAAUUUUUGGAUAAGAAUAGUAAUAUUGUAUCUAAAUUUUAUGAAGCAUUUAAAUUAUUAUGUAACUUGUAUAAUGAACUUGAUUAUGAAAAAAACAAUUGCAAGAAUUAUUUGGAUGAUAAUAGUGAUUUUUUUAAAAAAUAUCAAGAACUUAAGCAAGAUACUAGAAUUACUGGAAAUAAUUCAUAUAAUAAACUAUUGUCUACUUUAUCAACUGAUUAUGAUGAUUUUAAAAAGGAAUGUAAAGAUAUUUUAUCCUUUCUAUCGAAAGAAACAGAACAAAAAUCUAGACAAACUCUUUUAAAUAGUUUUGGAGAUGAUUCUGAAUAUAAUAUUGGAGAAUAUGUAGAUGAUUCUGGACAAGAUGUACAUAAUUCUGAUGUUGCAUCAUCAAGUUCAUCGAUAGUAAGCAAAUUAAUUCCAGUUUUAUUGAUAUUUGGUGCAAUAGCAUUUUUUUUAGGAAUUUCUUAUAAGUAUUCGUUAUUUGGAUUUCGGAAACGAUCUCCAAAACAACAUUUAAGAGAAAAGCUAAAAAAAUAA